CUGGGCAGCAGUUUGGAGCCCUCGCUCGCCCGCCCCAUGCCGCCACCACCCGUGCAGCCCCGCGCGCGCCUCGCCCCGUGUGAGCUCAGGACUGCCGCCAUGGGCCGCCCCGCCAGGCUCAGGCUAUCGCCCGAUUAGAGACCGCACCCAGGCGCCGACGAGGCUGGUGCUGGACCAUGGAUCCUCUUCGGCUGGUGGCCACGCUUGUCUUCCUGAUUCUCGGAUUCAGCCGAGGUGAGCGCGAUGGCCCGAGAAGAGGGACCGAGGCCAUCAACUGCUACACCUGCUCCAGCCACAACGGCUCCGAUCCCUACUGUGAGGACCCCUUCCACCCGGCGCACUCCUUCUACAGCCAAAAAUGCAUGGUCCCCAAGACGGGCCACAUCGGGGUGUUCCCGGCCAACUUCUGCAUCAAGCUCAUCGGCACGAACGUGAACACGGGGGAGCUGAUGGUGAUAAGGGCGUGCGUGCGCAAGACGAUGGACUCGCAGUGCGGCCACUUCCGCUACCAGGACCAGCUCAUGUCCGGGUGCAUCCUGACGUGCGACUACGACGGCUGCAACCCCGGCGCCCGGCCCGCCCCCUCGAUCGCCCUGAUCGCCCUCGCGCCCCUCACCCUGGCCGUGCUGCUGGGGCGCUAGUGCCGUCAGUCCACCCCCCUGCGGCGAUACCCCCCGGGCGGCGGCGGUGCUCUCUCUCCCUCCCCCAGGCUGCAAGCUAUGGACGCGCAGCGGAACCACUGCCACGGCCAACUCCACACUUUAGGAGAGAAACAAUUUCUACCCGACCCGAAACAAGUCGAAUUCGUGCGCGUGUUCACAGUGCCACUCAAGCUUCAGCGAAAGUCGUCAGUUAUUAAUGUAAUUUCCUUAUUCCCCCGAAGGUUAACGAAAGGAAUAGCCCCCUCCCUCUCAAUGAUUUCGUGCCAUCUUUUUGUCUAAAGUAUUUGUACGAUCUCGCUCUUUUUCAGCGGCCGUAAAAAUAUUUCAGAUAUACUUUUCACAUGGUCUGAAAUCGGAAGCUUUUGAACAGUGAACAAGUCAUCGAAAUUUGCAAGCUUCGAGGUCUACUCUGUGAUCAGAAUAAGGACACUAAAGGGGUGACUUUCCUUCCUUCACUCUAAAUAUUUAUGUGAUUUAUCGUCUCAAUUUGUGUCUCAAUUUAUUUUUUGUAUUGUGAUUUUCGUUGCACACCUGUAUACAGUCGUUGUUGAUUAGCGUCUUUUUAGUGUUUGUUUUUUAACUACUUACGGUGCUGUAUAUCAUAGAGACCAUACGUCAUAGAGCCCCUUUUCCAAUUUUAUAGGACUAUCCCUCUUGUUAUGGAAUAUAAAAUGUUUAUACCAGAGAAGUUAGAGAAGCAAUCUUUUAACAAUGUAGAAAGUUUUAUUUACUCUCUUACACGUAAAGAGGGUCUGUUACCCAUAGUUCUCUAUUUUAAAUUAAUUUUUUGAUUAAAGUAUCUUUUGUUGAUUCAAACUUUUGUUUUCAGCAAAUGCCAUUUAUUGCGUUCUUUUAUCUUCAGUGUGAUCCAAAUAAGUUGAUUUAAUCUCGAAAGAGACGUCGCACCACCGAAAUGACGGUGAGUUUGACCAACAUUUCGUACGCGUCGAUCACUGAUUCCAUAUCGCAACGACCAAUAAUUAUUGAAUAUACAGUGAAAGUCUUUCUAUAAUUAAUAAAUUAUUCUAGUCACGGU